CGGCCAGCGGGGUCCGCAGCGCGCUCCGCGUCCCAUGGAUAUAGCAACAGGUCCCGAGUCGCUGGAGAGGUGCUUCCCUCGCGGGCAGACGGACUGCGCCAAGAUGUUGGACGGCAUCAAGAUGGAGGAGCACGCCCUGCGCCCCGGGCCCGCCACCCUGGGGGUGUUGCUAGGCUCUGACUGCCCGCAUCCCGCCGUCUGCGAGGGCUGCCAGCGGCCCAUCUCCGAUCGCUUCCUGAUGCGAGUCAACGAGUCGUCCUGGCACGAGGAGUGUUUGCAGUGCGCGGCGUGUCAGCAAGCCCUCACCACCAGCUGCUACUUCCGGGAUCGGAAACUGUACUGCAAACAAGACUACCAACAGCUCUUCGCGGCCAAGUGCAGUGGCUGCAUGGAGAAGAUUGCACCCACGGAGUUCGUGAUGCGGGCACUGGAGUGUGUGUACCACCUGGGCUGCUUCUGCUGCUGCGUGUGUGAGCGGCAGCUUCGCAAAGGCGAUGAGUUUGUGCUCAAGGAGGGCCAGCUGCUGUGCAAGGGAGACUACGAGAAAGAGAAGGACCUGCUCAGCUCCGUGAGCCCCGACGAGUCUGACUCCGUAAAGAGUGAAGAUGAGGAUGGGGACAUGAAGCCAGCCAAGGGGCAGGGCAGCCAGAGCAAGGGCAGCGGAGAUGACGGGAAGGACCCACGGAGGCCCAAGCGACCCCGGACCAUCCUCACCACGCAGCAGCGAAGAGCCUUCAAAGCUUCCUUUGAGGUCUCUUCCAAGCCCUGCCGGAAGGUCCGGGAGACACUGGCUGCAGAGACAGGCCUCAGCGUACGUGUGGUCCAGGUCUGGUUUCAGAACCAAAGAGCAAAGAUGAAGAAGCUGGCCAGGCGGCACCAGCAGCAGCAGGAGCAGCAGAACUCCCAGCGGCUGGGCCAAGAGGUCCUGUCAAGCCGCAUGGAGGGGAUGAUGGCCUCCUACACGCCGCUGGCACCGCCGCAGCAACAGAUCGUGGCCAUGGAGCAGAGCCCCUAUGGCAGCAGCGACCCCUUCCAGCAGGGCCUCACGCCGCCCCAAAUGCCAGGUGACCACAUGAACCCCUAUGGGAACGACUCCAUCUUCCACGACAUCGACAGCGAUACCUCCCUCACCAGCCUCAGCGACUGCUUCCUUGGCUCCUCAGACGUGGGCUCCCUGCAGGCCCGUGUAGGGAACCCCAUCGACCGGCUCUACUCCAUGCAGAGUUCCUACUUCGCCUCCUGAGAGCCAGCUGGGCCACUCGGACGCUUGGGCCUGGGCCUGGGGUGGGACCUCAGGGCCUGCCGCCCACACAGACUCUAUAGACAGCCAUACGGUGCCCUCCCCUCAGCCAGCCAGACCUGGCUCAAGUGCCCAUUGGGCACAGCUGGACAGGCAGAUGGACACAGCCUGGGCAGCCACUGUGUCCUGCCCACAGAGACCUUGUCACCUCCAGAGCUCUUGGACAGCCCCUCACCACCCAGCCUCUCAAUUCCAUCACCACCUUCUCCUUCCCCAUCUCUUUUUUGGGAAGCUUAAAUUCUCUCUAUUUUUUUAAACAUCCUCUCUGGGUGUAGCCAGACUCCAUGGCUCCCCAUGCCAGCCUUGGGAUGGUGAUAUUGUGACACAGUGCCUGGUACCUGAGAAAUCUGUAUAUGGUACCCCGUACUGGCACCCACCUAGCCUUCUGAUCAGUCCAUGGGAUGGGAUAGCUUCUGGGGUCCCAGGUGACCCAAGGUCACCCCUCCUAGCCUGAGCCUGGUACAGAAGUGGGGAGGAGCCUGAUAGGUGUGACAGGCUACUGGAACUGAGUGGCUCACAAAAGGACGGGUGUGGGCAGAGCCCAGGCAAACCCAAAGGAACAGAGACGCAUGUACAAAAGUGCCCAUGUCUACAGACACCCCUGUGCGACCAAGCACACCCACCUGUGUGUGUGUGUGUGUGUGUGCGCGCGCGCGCGCGCGUGCGCACACAGGUGUGAAAGAGGUCAACUAUGCUCUGUAAUGGGCCCUGACCUGUCAGGAAGGGACAAGGAGGUCAGAGGGCAGGGCCCACCCUUAGAACAGUUGAAGAGUGAGGAAGGAAGUGGAGAGGGUUCCAAUUUGAAGCAGAUGGAUCCCAGCCUUGGCUCAGAUUGGGGAGGUGGGGGUCUCCAGAGCAGGAACAUAGCCUGAGACUCUCCCGACUCCCAGGGUGGAGAUGGAGCCCCCCAGCAUCAGGAAGAUUCAGGCCAACCACAGCAGCUCCAGGUAGAAAGGGGCGGACCUCCAAAGUCACCAGCUUCACUGAUACUUGACUCCCUCCAGUCCCACCCCCUCCGCCCGUCUUCAAACGCCGCCGGGAGCGAGGGGCUCACUGCUUCGGUGUGCCCCAGACCAGCUGCCCUUCAGCUGCUUUUCCGGGUCCUGGCUUCGCUAUCCUCGAAGCCAGGCUUCCCCGGCUCCCCCCCCCCCCUGCGGCCACGCCCAGCAGCGCUCGGGCCGCCGCCUUCCCAGCGCACAGGUGCGGGCGAGCGCGAGGCCACUCCAUCCCGCCUCUCCCGCCUUAGCGGUCCCACAGUGAGCAGCCCCAUCGCCCUCCUGCUUCAGGCCUUGCCUCUGCGCAUCCAGCGGUCUGGACCCCAUGACCUAGCCUUACUGUUAACAAAUCCCCUGGGCUUUGCGCAGGUCAGAUGACAAGCCACACCUCCUCUCUGUGGGUAGGGAGGACGGGGAGAGGAUAUGGAUUGUUUCUGGCCGUAGUUCCUUUACUUGGUUCAACCAGCCAGGUGGGGGGGGGGGGCAUUUCUCUGUACCUGCUUGAUGGCUAGUAUUCCCUCUGCCCCAAGCGUUUCUGCCAGUGACAGGUCUGCCCUGUGACACUCGCCGGAGGUGUGGACCACGGGGAGCCGCUGGCCCCUGGCUGGUCCUUCGCAAACACUGCAUCUCAGCAGCAUUUAAGCACUACUCCAGCUCACAGAGGCGGCAGACAGGAAGCCAGGCACCCUGAGUCAGUGUCAUCCCUGCCCCCAGUUUCCUGGACUCCCCCUGCCCAAAGUGGAAGUGAGAACUGUCUGAGGGGGUUCACCCAUCACAACCCUGCUGGCCCAGGUGCCCACAGACACUGCCUUUAAGUUAACCCCCAAGCUCUAGACUACCACCCUGAUGCCUGCCUGCCAGGCUCAGCCUUUGGGCACAUGAGGACAAAUUUCUCCAAUUUACCAGCCCUUGUGCCUGGCUGACUCUGGAGCCCAACACUGCUGUGUAGGUUUUCUCCUCUGUGGCUGGGGUACUUCAGUCCCUCCUGAAUGUUCCGGGGCCAACCUUGCCAUCUGGGCUUUUCUAUCCCACGCCUCUCCCCACCGCUGUCACCAGGCAGUUGUCAUUGGGGGAAAGAUGUGGCGGCAGCACGCCCUAGGCCCAAGCAGCCAGCCUGGCCCUCUUUGUCCCUUUUGUCACAAAGAGAACUUCAGCAGGGCGUCAGCUGAUAUCCCCGGUCCUCCAGGGUCAGCUGCUUUCCUGGGACUCAACCCUUUCUCCACUGGCUGAAUCACGCUGGGGACACUUGGGGUAGACACCAGCUCUCAAGAGACCUGGCCUUCCCCACCCCGCACCCUUGGAGUUGGGAGGGACAUCAGCAGUGCUUUGUGUAGAUCACCUUUCACAUGACACCUGGGCAGCCUGAGCCAGGACAGGAACACGGACACGCCCAAGGCCUCAAAGCCAGGUCGUGAAAGAGCCAGCCCUUGGGAAGGGACUCUAGAUCUAUAUCCCCCUUGCCUUUUGAUGACCCAGCUGGGAGACCAACCAACAAUUCUCCUGCCAGGUCCAUUCUGGGACCUCUAAAGCUUGAGUCUAGCCUCGGUCUCUCUUGCUGCGUGUCGGUGUCCCCAGCCAGGGGACUGCCAUCAGGACUCGCCCAGGCUGUCAGGGGAGCAACUCCAGAGAGCCCCUCGUACCAGGGACGCCCCAUCAUUUGUGCUCAGGGCUUCCUCACUGUAGCUGUGGCCUGCUGCCCGCAGGCUCCCGGGACACACAAGUCCAUGCCGGCUCUGGACUGCUGUGAGGAUGGCACCAUCUGCCUUGGGAGGAGCGGUGGUGCUUGCCCCAGACCUGCCCACACCUUGUUAGGGGCCUUGCUCAGGUUGGAGCUGAGGCUGCGGAGCUGGGCCCACUGAGAGGAGAGAGAUUCCCUGAGCUGGAGACGCUGCGAGAGGCAGAAAGGGAGGGGUGGCUAGGGGCUGCUUUUGCACUGGGCAUGUGGCCGGCUGGGGGCUGAGGAGAGGAAGAGACAAGAAGCUAGGCGUUGGCUCAGCUGGGGUGUCCUUUAGCAGCUCCAUGAAGCCUCCCAUGCUCUGCCACCCUGGGACACUCACAAGAGGACACACACACACACACACACACACACACAGGCUGCAAGGGGUGACAAAGCCAGUAGAAGGGCUGGCACAUGCAGGCUGCCAUCUUGAGGCCUGCUGGAUGGGUGAACAUUGGGCACUGUGCCCAGAGGAGCUGGCCCAGCAGAGUGGGGACAGCCUCAUCUUUUUUUUGGGGGGGGGGGUGCGGUCCCCUGCAGUCACUCCCAGUGAGGCCACUUCCCAUCACACAGGGAGUCCAGGGGAAGGAGGAUGGCCCUGCCCUGCCUGGUCCCAGCGCUGAGCUGUGGGGCGAGGGGGACUCUGCAGCCCUAGGCUGGCUGCUCUGUGGAGACGGGCCCCGUGCUCACGCACGCACACAUUCACGCCUGGCACGCGGAGGCUCACACAACGACACAGGUCUGGAAGCACGGGGAGCAAGAAGGACCCUCCACUAACGCGGCCCUCGACGGGGGCUGCUGCCAAUGGUCUCUUAGCUGGCGCCCUGCCCCCACCCAGCGGGGCCAGGCCACACGUUGCAUUCUUCCGUUUUCCUUGUAUAGACUCUGCCCACCCACCAUCCCCACACACAUUUUAUUUAAUAACUUGUCAUUGUUAAAUUAUUUAUUAGCGUUACCACAUCACCACCCCCGCCUUCCGCCUCUUCCCACAAAAGCAGAAAAUGGAAACAGCGACAAGGAAAGAUGAGAUGUCGGUAUAUUUGUAAAUAAACAACCUGUACACGCC